AUGAAGGGCUCUGGUCUUCUCUGCUUCCUCUCUGCUGUGUUUUGUCUCUUCUGGACACCUUCUGCUGGGCUGAAGACACUCCAUUUGGGAAACUGUGUGAUUACUACAAGUCUUCAGGGAAUUCGAAGUGGAUUUUUGGAGAUACGGGACAAUGUGCAAGCCAAAGAUGAAAUCAUUGACAUCAGAAUCUUGAGAAAAACUCAGUCUUUGCAAGACACAAAGCCUGCAGAUCAGUGCUGCCUCCUCCGCCACAUACUGAGACUCUACCUGGACAGGGUAUUCAAAAACUAUCAGACACCUGACCACCAUACCCUCCGGAAGAUCAGCGGUCUCGCCAACUCUUUUCUUACCAUCAAGAAGGACCUCCGGCUCUGUCAUGCUCAUAUGACGUGCCCUUGUGGGGAGGAAGCAACGGAGAAAUUCAGCCAGAUUAUGAGUCACUUUGAAAAGCUUCAGCCUCAGGCAGCCGUGGUGAAGGCUUUGGGGGAGCUAGACAUUCUCCUGCAGUGGCUGGAAGAGAUGGACUAG